GUUUUAUUGGUUUUACUCGUCAGGCUUGCUUAUCGAGUAUUCCUUCGAUCUUGCACAACGAAAUGAUUUCUUCUAUAUCGAAAUUGGUACGAUUCCAAAACCUUUCACGAGUGGCGGUGAAAGCGAUUUCCUGCCAUACUGCGGUGUCGUCAAUUCACGCUCCUCUUCGUCGUUUUUCUUCCACGGCUCAACCCAGAGUCUCUCUUUCUUCUGGCAAUGAAGGCGAUUUUGUGUUUGCCCAGACCGCUUACAAAUUCGACGAAACCAUUGCGUCCUUCAAUGGUCCGGUGAACCACUACGACUCGCUCGUCAAGCGAGGUCUCAUAAUCGACGAUCCGUACCAAAGAGAAGUCGUUAAGAUCCUCCAGGGCAUCUACAACAACCUUCUCUCCUACUACUCCAACCCCGCCAAUCUCGCUUCUCCGUCCUCCACUCCCGCCCCCGCCCCCGCCAAAAAGUCCUCCGCCUGGAGCUGGUUCAAACGCGCGUCCUCCUCCGCGCCCCCCGCCACCGCCCUCAGCGCGGUGGAAGAGGUCAAGAACACGGGCACCAACUACGCAUUCACGUCCAGUCCCGCGGUUUCCGCCCCCCUCCAAACCUUCGCGGCCCCCAAGGGACUGUAUCUCUGGGGCGGCCCCGGCUGCGGGAAGACCUACCUAAUGGAUCUGCUGUACAACUCGCUGCAGACGGAGACCAUCCGCAAGGCCCGCGUCGACUUCCACUCGUUCAUGCUCGAAAUCCACAUGAAACUCCACCAGUUCCGGCAGAAAUACGGCGCGCGCAGCGAUCCGCUGCCCGACAUCGCGCGGAGCAUCGCCGAGCGGACGAACGUGCUGUUCUUCGACGAGUUCCAGGUCACCGACGUCGCCGAUGCCAUGAUGAUGAAACGCCUCUUCUCGAGCUUGUUCUCCAAUAACGUCACCGUCAUCUCCACGUCCAAUCGCGAGCCGGAUGAUCUGUAUCGCGAUGGUGUGCAGCGCGACCGUUUCAUCCCGUUUAUUUAUUUGCUGAAGGCGCAAUGCCCGGUGCUGCAUCUGAAUAGCGGGAAAGACUAUCGUUUUGGCGGUCGAAAAGAUUCGCGGACGUAUUUCUACCCGUUAACCGCGGAAAACGAAAAGUCCGUCAACGCCAUGUUCGACUUUGUCGCGGGAACCACCUCCUACAAAAGUGGAAACGUGGAAGUGGUGCAGGGGCGGCAGAUCUACGUGGGGAAGUACGCGAACGGGGUGUGCGAGUUCGACUUCGCGGAGCUGUGCAAGAAACCGACGGGCGCGAGCGACUACAUCAGUCUGUGCAGCCAGUUCCACACGAUGGUGCUGAAGAACAUCCCGGUGUUCACGAUGGACUCGCUGACGGAGCUGCGGCGCUUCAUCACGCUGGUGGACGAGCUGUAUCAGUACAAAGUGAAGCUGAUUUGCACCACGGAGGCGCCGCUGGUGAAGCUGUUCCAGCUGAAUCGAGAGUCGGCGUUGGACGAGGUGUUCGCGUGCGAUCGGACGCUGUCGCGAUUGGAGGAGAUGCAGAGCAAUCAUUAUCUGCAGACGCUGCAUUUCUUGCAGAAGCCGAAGCUGGAGACGGUGUGAGGAAGGGUGUGUGUUUGGGAUUGUUGUUUGAUGUGUUAUUUUU